UGACGUAUUCGUUACCUGUCAUGUGACAGUGGCGGACGAAAAGCAGUUGCGAUACAACGCAACCGAGACAAACAGAAGAUUGUUCAUCAUUCUGCAGUGUUUGUACUUGUAUGUUACUUUCUCGUCACAGAUUAAACAUAAUUCGUUAUUCGUGUUCUGAUAAAUUCGCCGAUGUAGCUUUCCUGGCUAGUUUAGCUUGCUGGCUGUGAACAAAACGACUCGUUAGCAACACUUCACUGAACAGACAUUUAAGUGUGUGUGUAGAGUGUCGUGAUUGUCGUCUGAAAAUGUGUAAAGUCGAAAUGCUGAGAGCGUUGCUCAAUCAGCGACUGAGUGCAGCCGUCGAAGAGAUAUUUGUCUUGUUCGAAAGAACGAUAGCAGAGUACGAGGAAGAACUUUCUCGGACGAAAGAGGAGAACGAGCGUCAACGUCGACUACUGGACGCAGUUUUCAAAACUCAAGAUGAACCACAUAGAGCAGAGGUUGGUGAAGACGCGGACGAGGGUCAUCCUGACCAGCAGGAGGACCCGAAGCCCCCCUGCGUGAACGUGGAAGUGAAAAACCCCAUCUGCGUUAAAGAGGAAGACGAGGAGGCUGAGGUCACUGCGUUUCCAGUGAUAUGUGUUCCUGUGAAGAUUGAUGACAGUGAUGAUCGUGAUGAGUUUGACGAUGAAGACGAAAAAGAAGGUGACAGAGACCACUGUAGAGGAUCGCAAGCAGACAGCCUGUUCGCUCCAGCGCCAGGUGGUGACAACACAACGUCGCACUCUCCUGACCCUGAUGAUAAAACCUCAAAAGGUGACACUGACAACAUGCGCUGGGAAUGUUCUCAAUGUGACAAAACAUUUGUCUACAAGUCUCUCUUGAAAAAACACAUGAUUAUCCACACCGGAGAGAAACCCUUCAGCUGCUUGUAUUGUGGUAAAGGAUUCUCCCGAAAGGGACAUUUAAUAAGACACACAAGAUCCCACACGGGUGAGAAGCCGUAUACCUGCUCAGUCUGCGGAACAGGUUUUACUGUCCGUUCAGCACUGGAUAACCACAUGAGAACGCACACUGGAGAGAAACCUUAUACCUGCUUGGUGUGUGGUGAAAACUUCUCUCAGAAGGGAAACCUUUUGAGACACACGAGAACACACACACGAAUGCACACGCAGGAUGACAUCUAUAGUUGCCCCAUAUGUUUCAAAACCUUCUCCCAAAAAGGAUAUUUGAAGAUACACUCAAGAACGCACACUGGAGAGAAACCAUUUCCGUGCUUGGUCUGCGGUGCGCGCUUUAGCGUUCGUUCGGUGAUGGUUAAGCACAUGACAAGAAGACACAAGCAAGACAGAGUUUAGUGUCAGAGACAUUCCAUAUAGAUGAAUUCAAAUUAGUGGGAACAGGGAAUGUAUGUCUAGUUCCUUUUAAUGUUUAAAUUCAUUUCAGAAACAAAUCUUCAUUUUUGGUCUUAAUUGCUGUGAUGGAAAUUUUCUUAACUUCAAUCAAUCACAUAACAGCAUACUUCAUCUUACACUGUAAGUCACUUUUGUUUUCUUUAUUUUUCACCAUGUUGUCGUUAAGGGUCCUUAACCACUGAAUGCCUUAAUUUUUUUGAAAAUGUUCAUGUAUUUUCAUCUCCAAUCAUAUUGUGUUAAGAUGACAAAAGUCUUUUUAUGGAAUAUUUCUCUGGAGUUACAUCUUGACUAACUAACUAAUUCACAAAAUGAUAUAACAAGCUUUUGCUGCUUCAACAUGGACAAAGAAAAUCCUCACAGAGUGUGUCCCAUCUCUUACAUGUCUCUUCAUAUUCAAGCAAACACAGUACUGUAUACUAGUACAAUGGUACUUGACUUUUUUUUAAAUCUGUAUCUUUUAAACAAGGUCAUACACAACUGCAUCCCAGUACAGUUUGUAGGAAUAUUGUGGAAAACCUGAAUUUAUCUCACUUUUCCAAUUCCAAACUGAAAUGAUGUUUGGUACGGUGAUUCAGUGGUACCUUGACUUACAUACUUCAACUUGCAAGUUUUUGUUUGUUUGUUUUUUUUGAUGGGCAAUCUUCAGUUAUGUCUAUUUGGUGAAGUGAGGACCAAAAAAAAAAAGGGAGAGGCACAGUCACUGAUUCACUCUCAGCUUUUAUUAAAGAGGCCAAACAGCCAAACUCGCAUCUUCCAAAUGAAAAGAGUGCUAAGGUGCACAGAGGAGAUGGCCAUCCUGAACUUUCUGUAUGAGAGUCAGCCAAUCAAGACUGACUCCUAACACCACCCACAACAGGCCACAACUCUUCAAAAGACACGAGAAUCUACUCCCGUUUGUCUGACUUUCUGCUUAAUUGCACUUUAAAAAAACCUUUUACAGUCUUUUACAAUACAGUGCUAUUUUUAUUUCAUUUUUUAAUUUCCAUCAUCGCGGCAUUUCAAUUCAUUUGAAUGGAGUAAGUAGUUUUUGAUGGAGUUGUAUAUUGAGUUACAACCAUGGUCAGUUGUAUUUGUAUUGAUUGAUUUAACCCUUAUUUGUCCAGAACAGAAUAGAGAAAAGAACCUCUUUGGGAAUAUAUGUAUUGGAAUACAUACAUGGGUCAAAAAAAAGGAAAA